AUGAAGGCAAGAUACGACAAGCACAUCAAACAAACAGUAAAAUUCCAAGUAGGAGAACAGGUACUCCUCUACGGACCUAAACGAACAAAGUUAGAAACGACGGCAACCGGCCCAUUCAGAAUCAGAAAAGCGAAUAAGUACAACUCUUAUGAACUAGAAUUGCUCAAUGGAACGCCAUACCUCACAGUCACUAGCACAAGGUUACAGCACUAUAAGGAUAGAAGUAGUAAUGUCCAUGAACCACUUCUUGUUUCCAAAAUGACUGAAUUUGUUACUCACAGCCGUUCAGUGAUCUGGAACAUAGAUCCCGAAUAUGUCUGUCCGCAGGCACUAGAUCGUUGCCACAAAUUUUUCAAGCGUGUUCCAGCGAAACAAUGGCGUAUUUUCAAUUUCUGUUCAAGCUGUAUUCAGGAGGCAACCACUUCAGUCGAGAAGGCUCUUCGCUGGGAAGCUACGAGGGAGUUUUUCUUGGGAAUGAUUCAUUCUAUUGUUGCGAAAAAGAAAAUUAAACUGAACCGUCUUGCAACAGCAGAAGCACAACCGCAAAGUCAAGGAUUUAUGGGACAAUUAUGA